AUGCGUCGCAACCAAGUCUACGACCCGGCUGUGAUGAGGAUGCUCAAGUGCGAUCGCUGCAACAAGUACAAGGGCCAGAAAGCAUUCUCCAACAAGCAACUUACCGACGCGCGCUACGCGGUCAAGAACCAAGGUCAGUCCGCCCACUACAAGAUCAAAUGCAUGCCAUGCACCGGAGGGCAGCCUGUGGAGCUUGAGUGCAGCGUCUGCGGUCUGACCAAGGGGCUGGAAGCGUUCGCCAAGUCACAGCGGAGCAAGGACAACAAAGAGUGCUUCAAAUGCACCGAAAAGCGAUUGGACGUCGACCCCGUCAACGAGGACGCGUACGAGGAUGAGAAUCGUAGUCGCACCUUCGAUGAUAGCUCGGAAUUCGUACCCACCUCGGUUUUCGACGUCUCUUCCCAGUCUGAUACAUCCUCCGAAUGGGUCGAGACCGAGAAUGAUGUGGGUGGCGGGGUCGGGCUCUCCGAGGGUUUCGCACGUACCAUGUCCAUUUCGAAUUCUUCUCAGGCCAACACCCUUAUCGAGACUGAAUUCGAGCGCGGUAGCCAGAUAUCUCAUGAUGAAGGCUGGCGUACGGUCGGGCAGCGGUCCUGGCACACACCAUCGGGUCACUCUCAGACUACAUCAAUCACCUCCAAUACUGGUUCCCGUGGUUUCAAUCCUAACGGCUACGGCAACCCUACGGCGCCCCGCUCCGUGGCUGGCUCCCAGCGUUCGUUCAACUCCAGUGUUGUCGAGCAGUCCGAUGUUAUCUCCAUGAGCGCCAAUGGCAACUUCGCGAAGAUCAAGGCCUAUAUGGUUCCGAAGGAAGAGUGGUCCUCCGAUGAGGAGGAUUCUGACCCCGAUUCAAAGGCGAGUGACGACGAUGAUAGUGACGAUGACUUGUCUCAACGACGAGGAAGGGGUGGCGCCGGCGGAAGGGGGGUUGGCAUUCGUGGCCCUCAUUCAGCGCUGACGGAUUUUCUAGCAGCAAACAACAUCUCCGCGCAAGAGAUUCGCGAUUCAUACCGUCAACGACAACAGCAAGCCGAGGCCGAUGUCGAUCAAAAUGGAGAAGAUGAAGAUAACGACGAGGGACCUUCAAACGCGGAGGAAGACCUGCAGGCAGAGUCUUCUGCAAUGGCAGCCGAGCGAACCCGCAAGCGCAAGCGCGACCAAGAAGAGGCCAUUGCGAAGAUAAAGAAGGGCAAGGCUGCAAAGAGCGCUAAAAAGAAGAAAAAGAAGGAUUCAGACGAUGAUUCGGACUUUGACGACGUCAUGGACAUGUACAAGAAGGCAAAGCCACUGCCUGGCCAGCUGGAGAACUGCGAGUUGUGCAGCAAGCGGUUCACGGUCACACCGUACAGCAAGGCUGGCCCAGAUGGCGGUCUUCUGUGCUCAAAGUGUGGAAAGGAGAUGGCGAAAGAAGCUAAAGCUACCGUAAAGGCGAGCAAGCCGACUGUGCGCAAGGGCCGAAGGAAGAUCGAGAGCAAUCGCUUGGACGGCCUGGCUUUCCGUGGAGCGAAGACCUUGCAACAGAUUUGUAUCAAUACAUUGGCAAAGCACGCCGAUGAUAUUGAUGAGUUUGGCGACAUGCCUGAGCCGAUCCUGAACAAACUGAGCGAGAUCUUCUCGAAGAAGCGUGCGAUGAAGCCGAAUACGUUCAAAUUGUUUCUGCAACCUGACCUGGACGUUGUGGCUAUCCACGAGGCAGCGUACCUGGAGACGGAAGACUAUGAUCAAAUCUUCGCGGUCGUUCCGCAUGUGAAGAAGCUGUCUCUGCGCAACUGCUGCCAGUUCAAGGACAGCAACGUGGACUACAUGAUCGAAAAGGCUAAGCACCUUGCCCACAUCCAACUCCUUGGCGCGAACCUUGUGUCUAACGACAAGUGGAUGGAUCUCUUCAUUGCCCGUGGUCACGAUCUUAGAUCGCUAAAGCUCGAAUGGCUCGAUGCUGCAUUCGAUGAUCAAGCAGUUGAAGCCCUCACAACUUUCUGCCCGAACAUCGAGCGCCUUAAGCUAGAGCGGUGCAAGCAGAUCGGACCUGACAGCAUCGACGCCAUUGCACGUCUCGAGAAGCUACAGCACCUCACGCUUUGCUAUCAGAAGGACAUUCCACGCGAUCGCGUUGUCAAUCUCAUCGCAAGUGUGGGUUCCAACCUCCGAACUCUUUGCCUUGAGCACUUCGUCGAUGCCGAGAACGACAACGGACCCACCGACGACGUCCUCGGCGUUGUUCACAACACCUGCAUGCACCUUGAGAAACUUCGUUUCAGCGAGAAUAACGAGUGCUCCGAUGCCGGCUACGUGAACCUCUUCGCAGAGUGGUCCAAUCCCCCACUCCGGUACAUCGACGUCAAUAGCACUCGCGACAUCGACAAUGCAAACCCUGACGGUCCGGAGGAUCCUGUUGGUCUCUCAUCUGCAGGUUUCCACGCACUGAUGCAGCACUCAGGUUCUAAGCUCGAGUAUCUCGACAUCUCCUCGUGUCGGCAUAUCAGCCACGAGACGUUCGCGCACAUGUUCUCGUCCGAGAAAACAUGGCCGUGCCUACGGGAGAUCAACCUCAGCUUCUGCCCUGUCGUCGAUACGCAGGUUGUUGCGGGUAUCUUUAGGAGCUGCCCGCAGAUUAAGAAAGUUGUAACGUUCGGGUGCUUCGAGGUGCAGGACGUGGUUGUACCGCGAGACAUUGUACUUAUUGGCGCCCCAAGGGCACAGGAUGCGAUUGAACAGUUCGGCCAGGUGGUGAUGGACUUCCAGAAGGAGUUCAAUGGCGUGGAGAAACCGCUGGAGAUGAAUCGUAUCGUUCCCGUCAUGUCUUGA